AUGACCCCUAGGACCCAUAGGGCUGUUUUAAAGCAAUUUGGUGGAGGAUAUAACUCAGAUAAUUUAAUUACAGAUGAAGGGGAGCUUAAUCAAAAUCAGAAGCUUGAGAAGCUUUACAUAUCAACACGGGCCGCUAAGAAUUUUCGAGAUAUUGUGCGUGGAGUUGAAGGUUAUAUUUUUACCGGGUCAAAGCAAGUUGAAAUCGGAACAAAGUUGUCUGAAGAUAGCAGGAAGUAUGGUGGAGAAAAUACAUGCACUAGUGGUAGCACAUUGUCCAAAGCAACUGCCAGUUUUUCCCGAGCUCGUGCACACAUGGAGAAGGAGCGUGGAAAUUUACUGAAAGCUCUGGGUACACAGGUAGCAGAGCCCUUAAGAGCAAUGGUUAUGGGAGCUCCCUUGGAGGAUGCUCGACAUCUUGCUCAACGCUAUGACAGAAUGCGACAAGAAACUGAAGCUCAGGUAUUACAAACAAUUACACUAUUAUCUUAGGAUUUAGAGCUUGGGAGAAUAUGUUGUCUUUCUUGAACUUGGAGACUCUCAAGCAAAGCCUGUGAUUUCAUUUUCAUCUAACUUGAACCUAGACAAGCAAUUCAAGUUUCCAAACGCCAGGCAAAAGUUAGAGAAGCAUCAGGAAAUCCAGAUAUUGUUAUGAAAUUAGAAGUGUUGCUGAGUCAAAGCUUCAUGACCUGAAAUCUAACAUGGGGAUAUUGGGUAAGGAAGCUGCAUCUGCAAUGGCUGCUGUCAGAGAUUGACUCUUCAACGACUCAUUAUACAGUACAUAUGUCUUAUGGAUGAAAUGUUAGUUUUCCCCCCUUCUUCGUCCAUAAUUUUUAAUAUGAACUUGAUCUCUAGCUAGCUACGUACCUUUGUUGUAAUAAUUUUAUGUUUGUUGUAACAUGUUGGUUGAUCGAUCUAUGACGAAUUUAAUUGCCUUUUAUUGGGAACGUUAAUUACGUUGUAAACUUUUGUGACAGGUAUUAUUUAUAAAUGUAUUCCCGGUAUUGGGAAUGAAGCGUCUAAUUUCAAAGACGAUCAUGUCGGAAUUUCCA